CUUUCUCUUUCGAUUUAGAAAACAAAGGCGGAGAUGGCGCAGCGUCUGGAAAUCAUGAGAGACCAAAGCCCAGACGGUAGUCGUCCAAACAUGAGUGAUUUGAAGAUUGUUCUGCUGGGGAAGAAUGUUGCAGAUAACAGUCGAGUGGGAAACUUCAUCUUGGAUGAAGACAUGUUUGGAAAGAUAAAACACCCUCUUGAUGUAGAGGAGUACAGUAGAAGAGUGGAGGGGAGAAACAUCACAAUUAUCAACAACACUGACUUCCUCAAUCUAACACUCUCAGCAUAUGAGUUCAUACAGAAAGGGUCAGCGUUGUCUUCUCUAAAACCUCAUGUGAUCAUACUGGUACUGCAACAUAAUGAUUUUAGUAAGAAGGAUAAAGAGAGACUAUCUUCUGUGUUGAACUUCUUUAAUGAGCAGAUGAAGAAUUGCACAAUGGUGUUGACUACUGACAAAGAGACACACGAUGAAACAUGAUGAAAGCCAUAAAGAGAUUAAAGACGAAACUCCUUUUUGGAAACAUAGCAGGUCAAUCUUACACAGGCAUGAAAAACAAAAACUGAACCUGGUGCUGUGUGGAGGAGAUGCGGUGCUGAAGGUCUCCAUAUCUAAACUUAUAAGAGGGAAAAAGAUUUCUAAAUCAACACCAGACCUAAGUGAAAAGCCACAAAAGUUCAGCUUAGAGUGUGAGAAGAAGGAAGUGGAGGUGUGUGGACAUCUGAUCACUCUGGUGUAUCUUCCAGCUCUGUUCAACUCUCAGAUCUCAGAGGAGGAAGUGAUGCGUCAAUCUCUCCAGUGUGUGUCUCUCUGUCAGCCUGGAGUUCAUGUUUUCCUCCUCAUUAUUCCCAUUGGUCCACUCACUGAUGAAAACAGAGCAGAAAUUGAAAAGAUCCAGAAGAUAUUUAACUCUAGAGAUCACUUUAUGGUGCUUUUCACUUCUGAAAUGACUGUUAAAGAACCUGUGAUAGAUUUUGCUAAAGCAAUCAUGAACUCUCAGAGUCUCUGUGGAGUUCGGUACAGAGUGAUGGGGUUAAAAGAACAAGAAAAAUCCAAACAGAUCCCAGAGCUGCUGGAUUAUAUAGAGAACAUGAAGACUGAACCCUAUACACUUCAGAUGUAUGUGAGAGCUCAAGAGAAACGAGUCAGACAAGAAACAGAGGAGAAAUAUAAAGAAGAACUGAAGAGAAUGGAGAAUACAAUCAAAGAACUACAAGAGAAGAAUCGGCAGAAGGGUGCUGAAGGUGAACCAGAAUGUUUGAGGAUCGUGCUGAUCGGGAGGACAGGAAAUGGAAAGAGUGCAACAGGAAACACUAUUCUUGGAAAAAAUGAGUUUCUGAGCCAAUCAAGAGGAUGUUCAGUGACAAGUGUUUGUCAGAAGGGAGUUGGUGAAAUUGAUGGUAAAUCAGUAGCUGUUGUUGAUACUCCAGGACUUUUUGAUAGAACAUUGCCACAUGAACAAGUACAGGAAGAAAUAGUGAAAUGUGUUUCACUGUCAGCACCUGGACCUCAUGUCUUCAUUAUUGUUUUGAGUGUGGGAAGAAUUAUGCAGGUGGAGCUGGACACUUUAGAUCUGAUCAAGAAGAUCUUUGGUCCAAAAGCUGCACAGUUCAGUAUUGUUCUGUUCACUAGAGGAGAUGAUCUUGAUGAUCAGUCCAUUGAAGAUUAUGUGAGGACAAGUAAAUCUGCAGAACUUGAAAAACUGAUCAGAGACUGUGGAAAUAGAUUUCUGGUUUUCAAUAAUAAAGAAAAACAAGACUGCACUCAAGUUAACCAACUGUUAAACAUGAUCAAGAUAAUGAUCAGCUCCAACACAAACCAAUUUUUUACUAAUCACAUGUUUGAGGAGGCAGAGAUGUCCAUUAAAAAGAGAGUGGAGGAAAUACUGAAAGAGAAAGAGAGAGAAAUUCAGACUCAGAAAGAGAAAUUAAAAGCCACCUAUGAGAUGAAAAUGAAAAAAAUGAUGAUGAGACUGGAGGAAGAGAAAAGAAGAGCAGAUAAAGAAAGAGUGCAGAUGGAGAAUAAGUUCAGAGAGAAAGAGGAAACUCUCAGAAAACAGUUUGAGGAGAGAGAAAAAGCAGAACAGAUGAAACGAGAGAUUGAAAACCAGAAACGAUUAGAUGAGGAAGAACAACAAAAAACUGAAUUUUAUCAAAAAAUAGAAGAGAUGAAGAGAGAGAUUGACAAUCAGAGAUCACAGUAUGAAAAACAGCAGAAAGAAAGAGAAGAGGAAGAUAGAAAGAGAGAAGAGAGAUAUAAACAAGAUCAAGAAAAGAUGAAAAAUGACCAAGAACAAAUAAUAGCACAGUUAAAAAUGAAACAAGAAGAAGAAACUAACAAGAGAGAUUUAGAGGAAAGAAAGAAGAAUAAACAAGAAGAAAAAGAGAGACAAGAAUGGGAGAGAAAAAUAAAAGAGGCUGAAAAUGAGAGAAAAGAGAUUCAAUAGGACAUUAAACGACAA